AUGUCGGCCGAAGCACGCAGUCCGUAUAUGGUGAUGCAUGAUCGGUGGAAGGCGUUUCAGGACGAAUCGUCGGGGACAAUCCGUCAGUUCCAGCAUUUGGAACGUACUGGAACGCAUCGGGGGUAUCAGCGUGACACAUAUAUGUCUUUGUUAAAGCGGCAUAAGGACAUCUUAGAAGAGCAGCGCAAUUACGUGACUAGCGUUAAGGAGUCCGGCAGUGACGCGUGUGAUUUGUUUAAGUCGGUUGUUGGGGGGUACACUGUGGACGAUCAAUAUCGUUUGUUGACAUUGUCGAUCGAAAAUGCUGAAAGCAACAUAAGGCUGUGGAGUGAUUAA